UUUAUCUCCUCGAGAUACAAGUUCGUUCAAUUUUUUAUGACUGUUUUUAUGUGUUCCACGUGACAUUCGUUCACCCGACGAAUGAGAUAUAAUUAUACGCAAGUGCUUAAUUAUUACUUGAUUAGCUUUUAAACUGAGGUUAAGAAAACUGGAAUAAAAUGUCUAUUACUGCGCCAAAACAUGUUAUCCUAUCAUUAUUUAAACGAAAUGUUUCGCAAAGUAUUGUUGAUCGUACGAAGAACAGUGUUUUACGACAGUUCCAUCAAGGAUCGCAAAUACAAUUUCGUAAGGAUUUAAAUAGAUCGCCUUCGGCAUAUCUUAGAUCAAAGAAUGUCGACGUGCGGACAAUGUAUUCCGUAUCGGAGGACACGUAUGUGUCGAACAAGGACGAAAGCCGUGAGCUAAUGGCCAUUUGGCCCGACGUUGUUCGCGACCUCACAAAUACUGGUCGUCACCUGGAUAUACCCGACGUGACCAAGUGGUUGGCAAAGGUAUUGCAAUACAACGUUCCUAUAGGAAAGAAGAUCCGAGGUCUGUCAGUGAUAUACGCGUACAAAUCUUUAUGCCCUCACGAUCUAACAGAUGAAAAUCUCCGUCUGGCCCGAAUCUUAGCCUGGUGCGCAGAAUUGAUGCAAGCGUACUUUUUGGUGUUAGAUGAUAUUCAAGAUGGAUCGGAGACGCGGCGAAAUCAACCGUGCUGGUACUUGACCAACGGCAUAGGCCUAGCAGCCACUAACGACGCGAUUAUGUUGGAAAUGUGUAUAUAUCAACUCCUCAGGAAACACUUUAGAACAAAUGAAUGCUACUUGGGUCUCAUCGAAUUAUUCCUAGAUAGUACGUUAAGGACGGCGAUGGGUCAGUGUUUAGAUAUGUUAUCAACGAACUUCGGAAAGGCUGUGAAUCUGGAUCUUUAUACUAUGGAUCGAUAUAAUUCUAUAGUGAAAUACAAGACGUGCCAUUAUACCUUCGUAUUGCCAGCGAUGGCCGCUAUGAACCUGGCUGGCAUAAAAGACCCGGAGAUGUAUAGGCAGGCGGAAACAAUUUUAUUGGAGAUGGGUCAUCUGUUUCAAGUGCGAGACGAUUAUUUAGAUUGUUAUGGUGAUCCGGAAGUCACUGGAAAAAUAGGUACAGACAUAGAAGCAGGUAAAUGCUCGUGGCUCGUCGUCGUCGCGUUGCAGCGUACCACGAGGGAGCAGAGGAAAAUUUUAGAGGAAUGCUAUGGGAUAGAUGACAAAGAAAAAGUGGCUCGCGUGAAACAACUCUACAACGAAUUAGGUUUACAAAAUACUUACGCCGUUUAUGAAGAGGAAACGUACAAUUUAUUAAAUACGCACAUACAACAAGUAUCUCGCGGGCUUCCGCACGACUUCUUCUUGAAGUUGCUCGACAGGGCAUGUCGCAAAGUCGGCCGCAAGGAUUAGGGAGAGACGAAUCAAACGUAACAAUGCGUUUUGUGUUUCCUUUCCUCUGUGGUGGAAGACAACCAAGGCCGAUACCAAUCGCAUUCUAAUUUUAUUCACGUAACAGCGUUAUGACGCAAAUGGAAUGGCAAUAAUUUGUUAUUAAUCAUAUAGUUUCGAUACUACGACGAAGCAGGGAGUUUAAUGCAUUUAUAGAUAUUUUAAACGUGCAAACUAACCACGGUAAGUGUACAAUCGAGAGAGACGUGCAGAAGAAAUAUUCCCAAUUAAAAAUGUCAGAUAUUUUAUAUUUUA